CUCCUGUGAGUUGAUGUGUCAUUUCAAGAAUGGCUUGAGUACAGCUGAAAGACCAGGUUUCACAUGCCACUCAGAGCAUUUUCAGGCUCAUUAAUAAUGGAGGAGUCUGACAGGAGCAGCUCUGCCUGGCUUUGUUUCCACUGAGGAGAAGGGAGACAUGGAUCUUUCUGUUUUGCCCAAUAACAACCAUCCUGACAAAUUCCUGCAGCUGGAUGUGAAGUCUUUAAUGAAGAGCCCAGCCUUUCAGCAGGCCAGCCUCAUGAGACUGCCAGGCGGAAAUUACCCUGCUGCACAGCACUGGCAGAACCUUGUCUACUCACAGAGAGAAAAGAAGAAUAUUCCUGCUCAGCGAGCCAAGGGGUCCAGUGGGGAGUACUCUGCCACUGCUGACAGCCCUCCACCAUCUAUGUCCUCAGUUAUGAAGAAUAACCCACUCUAUGGUGACUUAAGUUUGGAAGAAGCUAUGGAAGAAAGAAAAGAAAAUCCUUCAUGGACUAUUGAGGAAUACGACAAGCAUUCCUUGUACACAAACCUCUCUGAACAUCUAAAGGAAAAUCCCAAUGACCUACGGUUUUGGUUGGGAGACAUGUACACACCGGGUUUUGAUACCUUAUUGAAAAAAAAAAAGAAGCAUGACAAGCGGACAAAAUUAUGUCGCAUGGGUUUGAUUUUACUCCUCCUUGCCUCCAUUUUGGUUACCAUAGUUACUAUCAGCACUUUGUUUACCUAAAAACUGCCAUAGACAGAGCCACUUUCAAUUUUUAAAACAAGUUUUAUAAAUAUUUGCAAGAAAAAAGUGUUCAUGCAGUGUCAAUGUGCUGUUGAUUGUACAAUUAAGUGUAAUUGUCCUGUAGAAAGUGAACUUUGCUUGUGAUAUGCCCUGCUUCGGUCUCUGAAACCUGUGUAUGAAUUCCAGCCUUCUUUUGGGAACCAGCGAUGUUGAGGAUCACAACCACAGAAAAGUCACUAGACAAGAAAAACUAAACAUCUAUAUAUAGAGAAGAAAAGCAUCAGUGAUUAUCAGCAGCAUUGUCUCAAUACUCAAACCAUAUUCACCUUGCUUUUAAAAUACCAUUAAUUCCUUUCCACCCCUCCCACCUGAAGGCACUAAGCAAGACUGAGCAGAUCGUUUGGGGACCAAGUAGGGGGGACCAAGUACCAGGUAGACAAGCUAAAAGCUUUCAGUUGUGCUGUCAGUUGGUUUGUACUUAUUCCCUGUUUUAUCUCCCUUUAUUACUAAGUCAGAAAGGAAAAGCAGUGUUGGGAGAAUUUGCUCAAUUUUCUUCUUAUUUUCUCAGUAUCUUUUAUAAUACCCUUAGUGUUGCAAUUUUAGCAGUACUAAACUUGAACAGGUCAUAGUUAUAUGGUUAAUUAUAUUUUGAUCCAAUUGUGCUUAUUAAUUGAUCCAAAUCAUCUAGUGUGACCUCAGAUAGAGGUCAGUGAGAAUAUGUCACCAGCCAUGGCCCAGGUGGAGGGCCCUAGAAAACCAUGAGUCACUGUCAAAAGAAUGGGUUUGAAUCCUGACCAUGCAAUUUAUUAACUAUUGGACCCCAAGCAAGAUAUUUUCUCAGAGAAGGUAUAACACUACUUCCCCAGUAGAGCUGGGUAAGACUAAAUAAGAAACAAGUGAGAACAAUGCCAGCCUCCCAGGAUAUAAUUACUAUUACUAAUUUAUGUUAGCUCACUGGAGUCCUGGGUUGAUGUUCUGUUGUCUGCAGAUAACAGGGGUCAGUGUUCUGGAUACAGAUCAUUAAACUACUUCUUUUCCCUUUCUCCUAAAACACCCUUCCCUGAGGCCCUCAUUGCCAUUCCUUUCUCUUCCUUAGAAGAUACCACACCCUACAGCUGUCUUGUGCAUAAAACAAAAUAGGGACUUUGUUAGCCUAAAGUAUGCUUGUGUUUCUUGA